AUGUCGACGGACAAACCCACCCUUAACACAUCCGAAAAAUACCCAAUAAUCAGCGCUGCCAACACUAACAGCAUCGCCGCCACCACUAACUCGGUAGGCACAAACCUAUCCUGCCCGUAUUGCCACCGUGCAUUUACAUUAUGCACCGGCCUGGCCGAUUAAUUGUAAAUUCAGCGCACUGAAACAUUAAUGGUAAGCAUGCUCUUUGGCGCAAGCUGGUGCCAAACCAUGACACAUGUAGACGGAAUGACGCAGCUCUGCUAGCCACUGUGCCCAACACCACUAUUAGGUGGUCGACAGGUUCGGACAAUUGACUGGUGGAUGGGAGUGGAAAGAGAUUGAGAUCGAGACUGGAGAAUCCCUCCCCACUGCACAUCAGCGCACUCCCCGCCACAAUAGGUCUGGCGCGCUCUGAGGCUAUUACCGUGCGUUAAAAGUCGUGGAUCAGAGGGUUACCAACUGGCGGGAUAACUCGGUGCUAGUGGUCAAUACUGUGUGUAUAUGGGAUAACUGACCCAAGGAUUGAAAGUCAGGUUCUAUGACUCCUGUCGAAUGAGGUCCCCACGGCGCUCAGCCACGUGGGAUCCCAGCCGUUCCCACCUAGUGGGAACGGGGCACGUUGUGCGAGACCAGGCCAUUAAGCAUUGACAGUCACUGCGCCCGAGCCGACCUCCAGUUGUUACGAGUCUUUUUUGCCACCGGGCCGAGAUUGGUGAAGGAGAGAAUACGGCAGAUGAUUCGUAAGUCACCGUUCUAAGUCGAUCACGCUGUGGAGCAUACAGUGGGCCACAUAACCUCUGAAAAUGGUUCAGUGAGAACAGGAAUUUUUCUGUUGAUGAAGUGGACCAUAUAGUGGUGAGAAAAGGUGCGUCAAUAUUGGACCAUCGUACGCCUGUCGUUUGAUGUGUAGGUAUUGGACGGAAUGAAGUUAAAGCACACAACAGGGCAAAAUAAGACCAUGUUCCGAGCGACGGGACACCUGCGGAGGUCGAGAAAACAUUCUCAAGUGCGGCGUCAGACUGAGGGGCAGUGCAUGUCCAUGACCUGAAGCUAAGCUUUGGCGAUCAGAUCAUUCAGCUGACUCCGAGGUCCUCUGCACAAAAUAUGAGAGGAUUCCUCGCACAACUGGCUAUGUUCCCGGGCAGGACAUGCGAAGGACAGUGCUUAUAGUUCACAUUUAGUUUUAAAGAAACGCCAGACAGUAUCGACGACGUCGCCUCGAUGUCUCCACUUGACCGCGGCGACCACGUAUCGAUUAUGUGAAAUUAUUCCUUAGGUCCAGUUGACAACGUCAGACAAAAAAGACCUCCAAUCUGUCGAAACGGCUUUAGUCAGAAUAGUGUGUAUAUAUCCGAUCUCGCAUAGGGUGCGAAAUUAGCAGGCAAUACCGACGAAGGUAGGGAGUUGUUGAUAUAGGUCUUCCUGCAACAUACUAACAAUUACUGCCCAUUUGCUUACGGCUGGUACGACUGUGAUCGCGUCUGACUUAGUCGGUCCCGAUGAUCUUGUAGAUUACAUUUUCCCACGUGACGAUCUACAACCGAGUAUCUGGAGGAUUUUACCCAAGUUCUGGGCUGGCUUCCACUUUGACCCCUCUACAUGGCGGCAGCGCGGAUAAAAGGCAGCAGCAAUAAACCCAAUACCCUUUUACAAUUGUCACAUCAAGAAUUAACCCAGGGUGGUUGUUUGAGUAGUCAUCUGGCCCAGCCCAGCCCAGCCAAUCUAACCUCCGACAACAGUCAUCAAACCACGCCAGAGGAGUCUUUCAAACCGCUACCGUAGCUGAGAGUAAAGGGUCUGCUUGCUGCGCUGGCCGGUAGCUGAUGGUAACGCUUAGGUGGGAACAGCAGAGAUGUAAGCAGAGAAUUCCUCGGUUGAACAUAAGCUGAUUGGUCAUAGACAGAGUCUCACGCGGGCAACGCAUGAGUUGUAUGUUGCGAGAAGAGGGCCGUCACUCCAUGUCUGACAGAAGAGUCGCGUGAAACGCUGUAAUAAACAGCGAAGUGCGUUUUUAUUCUCGGAGGCCUGACUCCCUGGGUUCGAUGUUGUGUACUCUAGAGCCUUGGCCCUAGAACCUAACCAUAAGGCGGCGGUGGCCAGCAGACUAAUUUUUUACGGUUAACGGUCACCGUGACAUGGUACUAUCAUCAGACUUUUCGGUAUCAAACAAUGAAGUUGGCGCACCGGACUUCAGUCCCCAGCACUGCGGUAUCAAUGUUGAUGCUAGUCAACGAUUGCUUAGUCACCAAACCGAGAGCCUGAUGUCAGUUCACCAUCCAUCACCUAUGGAGGCACCAGGUUGCCAGUCACCAGGCUAACGGGUGAACCCAUCUUCACAUUUAUGAAUGCCAGAUGAAAGAAGAGAUGCAGGCGGAUGAACAGCACGCUGAAGAGAUAAGUUAGCUGAAAACACAAAUUGUAACGAAAACACACCAAUAAGCAAAACCUUUCACUCAGAACAAGAUGCAGCGGGACAGACCGGCUUUUAUGGUCGUCAAAACUUAUCUGUAAUUAGGGCGAAAGUCACUAAUAAUAGUAACGUAGCAUCCUAAGUUAUCCUACGACUACCACGGAGAAGAUGAAAUGACACGGUUUCAAUUUAGUUGACAGACUAUUUAGGGCAGAACGCAUUUCCGGUUUUCAAGUCGGUCUAGACAUACGAAGCAAGCUUUUCUUCCCAAACCGCGGAGGAUCUGUCGAUUCUAGCCAUAGGAAAUAUCCUCAUCUCGGAGGAUCCCAUCUCAUGAUUAUUGGUGAGGGACAGUGGUCGAUCGACACCUUAUCAUUGUCGUUUGAAAGUUAUUCGAGUCAGUUAAAGAGAUCCUUAGGGAAAUCAACUGAGCCCUUGCAACAAGUAGUUCACAGUCUUAGUGAAAAAUGCUGGAAGCCUCGGAAUAAGGGAACAGACAGGAAUCCGUGUCGGUUAACCUAGUGGACUGGCGUCUACUGUUGUCUGCUGCGUCCCAACGUGAUCGAUGAUGAUGGAUUUUCCUAGUUUUCACUUAGGCAGCUGACUGAUGCUUAUGAAUACGCAGUCCGUUGACGUGAAUCAGAAGUAUUGCAUGCAGUAUCAACGGCAGCUAGUGCAUUUGCUACUUCGUGUUCGCAGAAGUCUUGACGUGUUUACUUACCCUCGAGGAUGGAAUUAUACAAAGCACAUUUCCGAAAUGAUAUUUUGUAAGGCCACUUGACGCAAGACGUGGAGACUUCGUAGGACUUCUUUUUUUUCUGAUUAAAAUAGGCAGGAGAAGCUAGCAUCGCCGUCAACAGCAAAUGAGUCGUACUUAUGCACCAGACAGGUACUCCACAAUAAACAAAGAAAAGUCAGCAGUAAUAGGUGGAUACGUCGAAUCAACGGUCUAAAACUGUGCAAGGUCUUUCGUGGCAUCUUGACUGUGCGAGCUCAUUGUCCUGAAGCUGCUUCAUAACGUUCGUGAUAUGCCUUCUGUGUGAGGUAUUAAGAUAGCCCCCGCUGACGAGCCCUAUAAUCAGGCAGGCCACAGGCAGGAGAUUCGCAAGUUGUAGUGGACUAUCCUAGUCAAAUUCGUGGCUAAGUGCAUUCAACCCGAUCCCAUAUAUCGUCUGAUUGAAAAUUAUCAGUGGAGGAAUACAAACUGCAGUACGAUUAUCGGUUAUGUCAGCUACCGCGGGAAUUAUGCCAGGCGUCGGCGUACGACUGUGCUGUCGGGCGUCCCCGACAGUCUCAAUUAUGGUCGCGCAAUUCCUCCCCUCCCCUCCCCACCUUCUCCAGAUGACGAAAGUAGUACGUCAAGUUUAUUACCAUAAAUUUAUAUAUCUUCGUAAAUACGCUGUGGAGGUGGUCCUAUUGAGGCCUUCACUGAGGGCAACUACCGUCGCGAGCCUCUAGGGUCACCACACUUGCGCAGCCACCAACACCAUAGACCUACCAAAGGCGCCAGCCUCGAGGAAAGUGAAUUUGCAAAUGCUACCCAACGUCAACAAAACUGCCAAAAGGCGCGAACGUCCGAUCAUCUUAGCCGUAGAGUUCGAAGAGGCUCGUCGUCAUUGGUGAUGUCGUAAGUAAAGUUUUAAGUUGAAUGCCCACCACGUAAACAGUCCACUACUAUUGCUCCAGAAAACCCUGCCAUAUGUUGAUAAAUUCGACGCGUCACCGGUGUAUACGGAGGUCUGCCGGCAAAGGGUAACCCGGCGUUUCCUUACUGUAACAUUUCCUUGUGUAAAUCUAAGACGCCCUGUUGGCGGCACAUGCGAUAAAGGUUGUAGGAGAGAUAGAAAGUCUUUGGGACAAAAAACGCAAUGGGCGAAUACAAAUUUUCAGGCGAUAUCGGAAAACUCAACUUUUCGGCGACAUGCGAACACGAUCUAUUAAUGUAGCAAUUGCUAGGUGACAUACUUAUCUACUCUCAGCCGAGACACGUUUGUCUUUCGUUGAUAGAGUUUUCGGAGUCCUUUUCCCCGAAAGAAUUACCUGUUAUGUAAGGCUGACGAGCAAUGAAGGUAGUGCUGUCUGUUACACAUUGCUUUCGCAGAUUACCGAGAUCAAGCAAUUUGCGCAGGGAUCUCAGCCAUUCUACAACAUAUACAGUGCCAACAAAAAGAACGAAAGCUAAUGCGCGGGCAGUUGGCAAGGUUGGUUAAGGUUAACCUGCGUGUGCAUGAGCGCCUGACACGACGGUUGCCUUGCCUUCAAUCCCAUUAGGCGGCCGAUGAGUACGAAGUCCGACUUUAUUGUUGUGAACAGCAAGCUUUGUGAUCCACAGUUCAGAAGUCGACUGGCACGCCUUUAAUAAUGUCACAGCAUAUUUUAGAGGGAUUUUUUGAUCUGCCUAGGUGGGAGAAACACGGAUGACUUUGUCAAGAGAGUGUUUCUUGCCCUCUUUGAUGACAAUGUCACGGAACACAUAAAUUUGAAGGAAAUAAAAAUAUGGACGGCCUACGUGGAUCACAGGUAUAUGGGAUAAUUAAAGAUAUGUUAAUGCAUUUGCAUGUCUUAUUUUACCAAAUAACGGUCUAGGCCGUGUGGAACAAAGGAGGUUGUGUGGACGUUUAUGAGUUGGAGGCGGCUUUCGAAAGGCGACUAAAGCGUUCCCUAGACGCACUCCGAAAGCGGCGGCGUCGGCCAGACUCAUUACUGAACGAUAGUGAUGGUAAGCGUUACAUGCCCCUUAAUACGAUUCCUGCGUUUGGAACCAACCGCAGGCCCGUCGCAUCCCUCAUAGAAGACACAAGAAAGGAUCUAAGACGAUUUACUUUUUGUAUUCUACUUUUUUACAAUUAAAACAUUUUUUCGGCGCAAAGACCGAAACACUUUUGGCUUAAACUGACUUUGGGGAAAACGUCGUAUGCCAAUGGAUAAAGCAAAUGGGUUAUUAAUAGAAUACCGGUCGUUGGUUAUAAAAGGCAACGUCAGUCAUAUCCUUUGCUGCCGUCGCAUAGCGUAUUAUCGCGACUUCUUGCUGUCGUCCUAAUAGCAAAAUUUUUGACAAAAUCUUCUGUAAGUCGGUCACACCUAUCGCAACUUUUCCCCGGCGAUUUGCUGGCGCCUCGAUAUGGAAUUGUUACUAGGGCUUCUAUGGUCGCCAACAGGGUAAGAGACCGUUCUUCGGAACGCCUCUUUAAAUUUGGUUCUAGGUAAGAUCCGUGAUGCGUGUAAACUUAUGAAAUUUAAUCAAGAGGUCUUCAACCAGUGGAGCUGAGAACAGCGCUCCGAACGUCACCAGUUGGAAACGGCAUGCCCUAGGGUCUAUCGCGUCCCUAGCCCCGCGCAAACGAGGCCCAGCCCCGUCUGGCCCCGCCUAGCCCCCGGGGCCAGACGGGGCUGGUGCUAGCAGGGCUUAAAAGGGCACUUUUAUAAAAGUACCUUUAAACGGGCAUAUAACCGCUUACAUACACGCGGUCUUAAAUCCAGCACAAAGGUCGAGUUUAUUCUUAGUAUGAUCUAUAAGGUACAUAUAGCAUACAUAUUAUUACAUUACUGUAAUAUCAGGAUUUUAUGACUUACAAAGUUCUCAUAUGGAUAUGGAAACUAACAGCAAAAAUUCGGCCAUUUCAAACAAUACUCUUUUACAUUAACUUCCUACUAUGUUUUUUUCAUCAUAUUUGGAUAGCACCUAAUGUUCGUACGUAUUUUCUUACAGAUUUGUAACAUGGAUAUGCCGAUGCCGGCCGUCAUCGCAGCCAUUUUAAAGUGGCGGCUAUCGCGGUACGAUUACAUGUCUCGCGGAAUCCUUCCAACUUCGGCUAAAGCAAAUCAGCGAUAAACACCCCGCGUAAGUGCACAACCGUACAUCCUAGUUAGCGUUCACUUUAUUCCACGACAUAGGAAAGUGAACAGACAGUGGUUAGAAAUGACGGUUUAUUGAGCACUUGCAAAUGGGAGAAAUCGGUACGAAAAAAUACAGGCAAGGAUGCAUUUCUUCAAUGGACAUUAAAAGGCUUCUGGACCAUUUCCACUGGUUAUCGGCGGUUCCUGCAAAAAAAGAUGUGUGGUAAGGCAUAGGUAAUGAAUGUGUCAUUAAAGUAAUUAAUAAUGUUAACAGCAGAGGAAAUACAAUCCCUAGGUGGCGUGUCAUAAGGAGACUUCCUUCGGGGCAGGCCAGAUGCGGGUCUGGCGUUCCGAGUAGUGCAUCUGUCUGCCCGUCCACAGACACUGAAAAGUCAUGCACACAGUUCUAUGUACAUGACCCUUAAUGACGUCAUAUGGGGUAACACCGGAUUCACACUUAAAUGUGACUAUUUCGGUCCCCUCUCCUGGUUGACUGCGGAGAUAAUUGGCGGCCGCAAUGGCCUCACGUCAUCAUCGCCUCGUGCGAAAAGAUUCCUAAAACCAAACUGGGGACAAGUUAAGUGAUGUAGUUGUUGAUUGAACUGUCGGUGAUAUGAAACCUGUGCGUCUUUCAUGUAAUCAUCGCCUCGGCCAACAUUCUCGGGAAUGAUACAGAGAAGCCCGGAUGUCCUCCGCCAAAUUAAUUGGUUUGCCCCUAUUCGGUUUCACGAACCACCUUGACAGGCGAAGUAAGUAGGGACGUUAAUUAUGUACGCGGUCAACAAGGACGUUCGCGACAAUGGUCAAAGUGAAAUAUGGUUUCGACGCAGACCCGAAACCGGUCAACGAAGGCGGGUUAAAGUGAGCUGUGUCUCACUUUUCAAACUCUACUUCUACUACUUCUGCGAACGUCAGAUCUCAAGUAGACUUUAUACAUUGAAGUAACGAUGUACUUUGAUAUAAUUAUUAGAACAGUUUGUAUGCAUACUAUUAUUAUGCACAUUGCAAAGAGGUAAAUGGCAUAAAGUGUGUUAACAGCAGUCUUUUUCAGUCAAAUUACGCGUGCUGCAGAAAGGAAAGUUGUGGACAUGCGAAGCCAUUGGUGGCGACUCCUAGAAACUGAAGACAUUUGGGCAGUAAUCCAAAGCAAAAUGUCGUACCGCAUGAAUGUUGCGCCUGCGUUUCGAUCGUCCUCUAUAACGGUCCCUCGACCCAUGGAAUUAAUAGCCGCUUGUCGAACCCCUCCCUGUUGCAGUUUCUAAAAUGGGGGUUUUGGCCAACGACAUCUGUAUGUGCCAAUAAGCGAAGAGUAGACCUGCUGUUGAGGAUGCUAAACAACGGACAGGCUAGGAACAACCGCUCCUGCUUGGAUCGGCCUCUCCAGCAGAAGGCGUAAAAAGGGGCGGAUCAAUUAGACCAGACACGAUAUUUCUGAUUACGGGAACACCUGCGGUGAUUCUAGUUAAAUCUACGAAACAACAUACCUGUCGCACCCGUAAUAGCCAUUGCGAUCUUUAAGUCGCCUCACAUAACAUCGGGCAGGAGUGUCGCAGAUGACACUGACUAAGUUCACCUUCACGAUAUUUUCCGUAUGUGAAAUACGCAGACCGCUGGUCAGUAGAUCUUUCAGCUCGCCAGACAGCCGCCCAGGAUCGGGUUUGCUGGGGCCGGAGAACACUCCAACCAUGAAAGGUUUGACCAACAACCGGAUAGCGAACACGAGCAAGAAUCGGCCCCAGGUACUGACUAGAUCCCUUGAAGAUCUUUCCCUCGUCAAUAUGCAUUCGAAUGUGCAUUUCAGAAACGGUCGUUGCUGGCAGACUGUCCUGGUGAUCCAGCAAACCACGUUCAAGACCUAAAUGAACAAAGCUGCCCUUGUUCAGUGGCUUGUUAAUGCAGGUUUGAGGCGUUUGCAAUAGUGAUUUUGUAUCAUUGGGGAAUUCUGGGUGGUAAGGCCGCAGCAUCCGAAACAACUUCUUUGUUUUGGACAGUGGCAUUUAGGCCCCCAAGCAGAAUUCCCGUAAAUUCGCCAGAAAGCCUUUGCCUGUGACCGCAUUCUCGCUUAUGUCUACGGGUUCUAAACUUGCUUGUAAACAAUACAGUAAGAUGACUACAUGUAUAAACUUCUGGGACUAGUUUGUACAUUUUUGAUUCCGGUGGUCGGUCUACCACCGCCGAUGUACAGGGAACGGAGGGAUCACCCAUCCGCGUAUAAUAUGCCUUCUUCUCACACGCAAUCCCCUUGUCGAUUGUGUUUCUGUGAAAGCCAUAAUACCUAUGCUUCAUGAUUGCUUUCAUUGUUGGGUGCAAAACAACAUAAAAAGUUUAAAUGCACUUGAAACGCUCAUGGUGAGAUUUAGAUUCCUAUUAAGUAAAUGAACCUGCUUGCAUAACAUAAAAUUUAUUAUUAAUGACGUAAGUGCGACCAUAAAGGCGUGAUUGACCUGAAAUCGACGUGGGACAACGUACCACUUCGUCAUGAGCGUCCGGUCGAGCAGCAGAUAAAUGGCGCCCAAGUGGCCCACUUAAGCAAAAACGUUCUAAUCGGCUUAUCGAGGCAAAUUAUCAUCCCCCAAGUAGUGAGGACUCAAGGCACUUUUGGGUGAAUUAACGCACAUUUAGGUAAAUGCAAAGCAUGUAAACACUGAGGAUUUCAACCAGGCGGUUAACAUGACUCUUGAAAUUUGUAAAAAUAUUGCGUGGCCAUAAGUAAGUCCAGCCACGCUCGGCCACACCCACAAGGCAGGGCCAUGUGUUGGCAGGGUAGGGAAAGGUAGUUGCAGUCCGCAUUACUGAGUGUGACCUCCAGAAUUCUUACCUACAUGAAAAACAGAAUAAGAUCACAAGAUUGUUCAUCUCAUUAGCACAAUGUGAGCCACCUUUACAGUGGCCAGUAACGUCUCUGUUUGUCGGUAAAAGCAUAUGGGCUGGAGCGUAUAGCAACCACUUAACCCCAAAUGUAUGAGCCUUCCAUAUGUUUAUCUUAUUUCCUUGUUUAAUGGAGUUUUUAACGAGCCCUUUUUAAGCCGUAAAUAGUGGACAAAUACAAAUUAAACUGUUCCUCCUCGUCAAUGAUAGUGGACGAAUGUCGCACGGAUUUUGCGAGGCCACUUUCAGUACGACGGUCGCAAGUGACUAACGACAGCAAUUUGUGGAACGUUUUCGCGGAAUUAAGGCGAUCUGUCGAACAUUUUCGCGUGAAUUGCAAUGAUUUCUACGAAUUUUCUUUAAUUUAAGUUUUGCGAAAUUAUGCUUGUUUGAUAUUUCCAGUCACUGAGCGACCGGGAGGAUGCCAUUACGAAACUCAGUCAAGUAAGUAAUGUCGGAAGUAAGCGCAUUCUUUGGCAACCGCCUACUAUGACAGGGCAAGAAGUGCCCGCGUGCUUUGAUUUGGUCCACAGAAAGACUGACAGAAUUACGACGACCUUCUUUAGAUUUGCCGCUACUCCCUCAUCAUUUUGUUUAAGGGACUACUUAUUCAAUAACGACGUAUAGAUUCUGUCUACGUCGUCUAAAAUUCAUAUGCAGAAUGAUUUUCACUUGCUGUGACGGGACCCAGAAAUGACUUUGAUGUAGUGAGUUUAUUUUAUUUUUUCAUUCCUCCUCAAGAAAUAGGACUGAACCGUUGCUCACUGGCAGGUGAGAAAAUUUUCCGUGGUGUUAGCGGCCAAGGGGAUCAGUGAGCACGUUCUUCAUCACUACAUUUGAGUAAACCGGUGGAUUUGGUACCCAAAAUAUGUGGAAGGUUUUCUGUAUGCAAGGCCGACGAAUGAUUCCCUUAGACAAGGAAUAAUUCUGCAGAGCUUUUGCACUGCCGGGAAAGUUAUUUCAAAUUGCAUUUCUGCUAAUAGAUAAGAAACGUGAAUAUUUAUUGGAACGUGCCAGAGGAAGAAAUAAUAAGACCCCACGCUGACCAUUACAUCGGGGCGGUCAAUAUGUUUUUAAUUAGUGAGCGGGUUGAAUGCGCAAUCCUCCAAAAGCAUAAUCAGUAACGAUAUUCCCUUUUGUAAUCGACAAAACUUCAAGAGGUCAAGGCCUGUAAGCCAGCAACGUUUCUGGUAGGGCAAGUACUGGCGAUCAAGAAUUAACUGUCUUGGUAAUAAAAUAUUGGACGGAUUCUAUUUUCUUCCGUUCAGCAGCACGCAUCAGGCUAAAUGAAAACGAACAGCAUUCCACGUCAGGCCUAACGUACAUGUUAUAAAGGCGCAUUCUAAUACCGCUGGUUUUAAAGUUUCGGAUGAUAAACCUGGCCGUUCUGCAUGCUUCGGAGACGAUGGGGGCUCAGUGCUCCGAAAGACAAAGACUCUUGGAGUAUCACACACCCACAUCCUUAAUAUCUUCUCGCACAUUUAUGUCGUUACCGUCAAUACGUAGUUGCGGUUGGUGGUCAUCGUCACCCACCAGAACUGAGCAUUUAUGCCAAGAAAGAGAGAGGGAAAGGCGCCAUAUGCAGUACCACGGGACAAAGGCCUGUUGGUCGCUUUUUAGGAGCUCGAGCACGAUGUCACGAUCUGUCGACUUAUGCCUACAUGCAGCUUUCGGAUAAUCGGCAUACAUGAAGAGCUUGCCAUUCUGAAAUAAUAUUAGUACGUCGUUAACAGAAAGGCAAAUUAAUAUCGGGCCAAGUCCACUACCCUCAAUGAAUCCAUUCUUUUAGCAUUUGAAUUUGGAGAUAAAAUUAGAGAUCUUUAACCGUUGAGUGCAAACGUCCAGGUAAGAGGAUAUAAAAUUCAGAGGUCUGCACGGCUUUACAAAGCGGUAGUCACACUCUUUCGAUGAGGAAUUAACCCGUCAGUCUGACAUCAAUCUGCUGCAAAGUCAUAGAAAAGAUUAUCAAAAGGGAGUUGAUGGCUUACUUGGUAACUCACAACCUCUUAUCCAAUAAACAAUACGUCUUUCGUAGUGGAAGAUAUUGUGAAAUGAACUUACUAUACACAAUGCACAGCUGGAAAGAGCACUGGAUGCAAAACGCGCUGUGCAUGUGGCUUAUAUUGAUUUCCGAAAGGCGUGUGACAGUGUUCCGCACCAGCGUCUCCUGUACAAGUGGAAAGAAUUUCCUUGUUGGUUGUUCUUAAAUUGUCUACAUGGGACAACAGCACUCAAGACGCACAUUCAUAGCGAAUAGAGCCGCAUAAUUCUCAGUGCACGGACAGACCUUCUUUCUAUUUUAAUAAAUGAUUGCUUAGAGGAGUUGAACUGCAAUUGCGACAUGUUUAACAAUGGUAUUAAAAUCUGAAAAGUCAUCUACAAUGCUGCUGACGAGGCAAACUUUCAAGAAAAUCUUCGUCGAUUGGACGUGUAGUCCCGCAAAUGGCUCCUGUCUUUUAAUUUGAACAAAUGCACGAUACUGCAUUUCGGAGAUCGAAAUCGAGUCCCUAAUUCGCAGCAAUAUUAUUCGAAACGAAAUGUUAUUUCGAGAAACAGAAACUUAUAAAGGCCUCGGAAUCUGGAUUGCAGUCGCCCUAACGCCUUCCACGCAGUGUCGUAAGGCAGAUAAAUUCGCAACUUCAGUGCUGUACACCGUAAGGUGGGCAUUCACAGUUUUCGGAGAAGAAUGCUUCUACAAAUUCUUCGGCACGUUUGUAAGGCCGCAGUUUAAAUAUACAGCCCAGGCCUGGAGACCCUUGACGCGGCAGGAUUAUUAUUUACUCGAAAGGAUGCAGAGGCGAACCACAAAAUUAGUAAGAUAUCAGAGUACGCUGCCUUAUUAUAUCCGCCUAAAUAACCUUAAUAUAUACCCGCUGACUUAAAGGCAGUUGCUCAGUGACUUAAUACAAAUGUGAGCCUACAAAGCAUGAGAACAAAGCUCAGCUAAUCUUGAGCAGGAACCCUGCUCUCUAGAAUGCCCACCUGACAGUUCUUUAGAGGGCUUUUCACACACGUAGAGAGAGCAUUAAAGGGGACUUAAAUUGUAAGUCCUCAGGCGGUCGAACCUGGGCGAGAAUAAUCUCAGAAUACUGAAGGUAAAAAUCAGACACGACCAGAAGCCACUCCUCUGGAGAAAGCUUCCAACCCUAUGAUUUUUGGCGUGAUAGACAGCAGUUCAUCUCCACCAGUCCAGCCGACUUUUGCAUUAAAUCCCAUCGAAUGGAUAGAUGUCUGAACGCUGAUGUUACGCAUUCCAAAUUGAGUUGUUUCGAAGAUCAACGAGCUCAAAUUGCUAGUUCCAGAACAAAACCACGACAUCGCUACCAUAACGGAAACAUGGCUUAAUGCCGAAAUCGUGGAUGCCGAGAUUUCCGUACCGGGUUACCGGGGACCGUCAAGAUAGACAGGACGGUGAGGUAGUCGCAUAUGUAAGGGCUAGAAUUUCGGUAGUUGAACGAACUCACACAAAAUCUAGAACUCUAGACUGUUUACGUACCAUCAAGUCUUCCGAGUACAGCUGAUGAUUCGUUCCUCCAUUCAGUUAAGGAAGUAGCUGGCCACCGAAUCGUUUAUAGUUGGGGAUUUCAAGGGACCUGCCAUAGAGUGGGAAAUUAUGGCAUUAAACCAUGAGCCAACUUCCUUCUGCCAUAAGCUAAUGGACCUCAUUGUCAACCUCCCUGGAGCACAGCAUGCAGAGGCACCAGCAAUAUUUAGGGAGAACGAGAGAGCAAGUUGCCUGGACCUAGUUCUUACGGAAGACUUCUCUAAUAUUGACGAAAAGUGUUCGAAUGCACCUCUCGGAAGGAGUGACCAUACAACGCUACUAUGGGAUUGCUUACUCUUCUUUCAACGCCAGAAGGAAACAGAAAGCCAACCAAUGAGCUCCCUGUGCCUUUGUUGAUGCUAUCUCGAACGUCGUUUGGCACUGUGCCGUGGAACCUCCGAACGACCCGGCCGAAUCUAUUGUAAUGUAUGGAAGGUGGAUUUUAACGAGAUAAAGAACAAAUUAAUGCCCGUGAUUUGGAGCUGUUUGCUCGGGGGGAAUCCUGAUGACCACUGGAUAUCGUUUAGGACGAUAUCACUCGAUCUAAUGCGACGUAAUUGUCUACCGAAGCUAUAAAAGACGACCAGUUAACCUGCCUGGUUAAAUACGGACCUAAAUAGAUAGUUACGGAAGAAAAGUGAAAGAUCGAUAAUAUUCAGGGAAACUGGGUCACCAGUGAACCUCGAGAAGUGUUGUCGUCAACGAAUAAAAACCCGAAUUUUAUUUUGCUAUAUUAACAAUCAACUGAAAAACAAGGACCCGGUCGCAGUACUAAAGGACGAUAAUGGUUUACAAAUAGCUGAAACCAGCGAGACAGCCGGACACUUAGGCGGUACUUUGCCUCAGCGUUCACUAAGGAAACGGCGUUUAGGAGACGCAAUGUCAGCAGUACUGUUUAGACCACUGGUCCGUGAUUGAGUUCGUACCCUUCACGAUAUCUGUCAUGAGAAAUACAAAAUCCGAUAGAAGCUAAAUCGUCGGGUCCGGACAAUAUGUCGGUCAAAUUCCUGAGAAAAUUGGUAAACGAACUCUUGAAACCACUAGCACACAUCUCCCGUUCGUCAUUCGAAGUAGAGAGGCUAUCGUCCGGACGAAAAACACCAAUUAUAUUUCCAAUAUACAAGAGGGGUCGCACUUACGCUAGCAAUUACCAGCCUGUUGGUCUUGCCUUCAUCCGUUGUAAAAUAAAUGAAGCCAUAAUCAAGAGAGCAACAGUGUAGUUCCUGGAGAAGAACCACCUACUCUCUGGGCUGUGGCACGGCAUUAGACAGAGCCGAUCGUGCCUUACUACUUAAUUACUCUUGACUGAGCAGCGGACUCGCUCACUGGACGAGGACGGUACGGUCUGUAUCCUCUACACGGACCUCAAGAAGGCGGUCGACAGCAUCCCACACGAACGCCUAAUCUAAAAGCGAUUUGCAAUUGGAAUAAGUGAAAAGCUGCUACACGGAUCUCAGACUUUCUUACAGGAAGUUUAAAACCAUGUGCGUUGAUGCUUUUAAGUCAACUCCUACCCCCGUUCUAAGUGGUGUUCCCCAGAGCCCAGUAUUAAGGCCGUUGCCAUUCCUAGUUUGCAUUAACAACUGCGUUGGCGACCUGGGAUUCAAUGCCGUCAUGUUUCCUGAUGAAGUUAAAACGUGCAGAGCCAUCAGACCUGACGCAGACAUGUACGCACUUUAAGAGAGCAUAAACCAACUAAGCAAUUAGUCAGCUUGCUGUCUCCUCAAUUUGAAUGUGGGCAAAUGCGUGGUCCUGAGUGUUCGCACUAAAUGGACCGGUAAGAAGGAUAAUUCCUUUCAUUACUCCCUUGAUGUUCAGCCCCUUUCAAAUGUUGUGGAACAGAAGUACCCAGGCGCCCUAAUGACUUCCCCCCUUAAACCCUCCUCACAAUUUCAAAGGACUGCCAAACGAGCGAUACGGGUGUUGUUUGCUCUGAGGCGAGGAUUUGUGAAUGUCAGCAGGGAGCUGCUCCGAAAAACCUACGGGAAAUUCGCUCGGUGUCAAUUAGAGUAUGCAGUCCAGGCCUGGAAAUUGUGCUUCAAGAGGAAUUAUCAACAACUGGAAGUGUUAUAUAUGCAAAACAGAAGGUUAGUUAUAAACAGGACGUGUACUGAGUACUAGAGACAGCCCAAGUGAGGAGCCUUGUAGAAACAGCUGGGUACAUGGUAGGAAGGGAAUGUCAUAGGCUGAAUGGUGGCCAGUCAGCACCAAGGUUGUCUGGACGGUGUACACGAUCUUGGUUGCGCGCAUGUGGCGUGAUGUCUUGACAGUCCGGACAGCAUGCUCCGCGGAAAAGAGUACACCCGAUGGCUACGAAGAUGGUCAAGAAUCUUGGUCAUCUGCCUUAAAAGACCAAAAGCUCCGAACUAAAUUGGCAGCUGCGUGCCGAUCUCACUCACACCGCCUGGAUUGUUAGAUGCUGUGAGUGUGCGCUAGACUUUGACGAAUUCUUCGAAUACGUUGGGACGGAAUUAGAGUAAGGGCUCCUCCUCCUCCUCCUCCUCCUCCUCCUCCUCCACUGCUCCAACGGCGGCCGCUCAGUCGACUGUCACGCGCGCAACAACCGACACCACCACCACCACCACCACCACCUCCCCCGACUCCAGCGAUGAGGAUCAGGACUACACCUGCCCUCACUGCGACCGCAUCUUCACCUCACACAUCGGCCUGGUCGGUCACUUGCGAAUCCAUCGCACAGGGACUGGCGAGCCAGUGCCUGGAGCACGAACCUACACCCACCGCACUCGCCUCCACUGCCCUCACUACCCUCGCACAUUCAGGCAUCGCAUGUGUCUAUUCGGCCAUAUGCGCAUCCACGAGAGCGGAAUUGACCGCCACUCCGACACCACCACCACCACCACCACCACCACCACCACCACCACCACCACCACCACCACCACCUCCAACACCACCACAAUCACCCAAGAAGUCAUCAACACUCACACACCUCAUGCACCCAACUGCCACCUUCCACUCAAGUGGGAAGUGUGCAUCUCGACUCGGUCGCCAUACGGCUCCGGCUGA